AUUACACACUCACACGGUCUGAGAGCCUACUCCACCAUACUCUUUCUCCAACCCUCGUGACACGUGCUCUCUGUCUGAUCUCCGGCCCCCUCUUUCUGGACGCCUCACUCUCUCUCUCUCUCUCUAAGACCAAAAACAUGAGCUGGAGGGGGAAUUCCGUGUGUGGGAAUUCAAGCUGUAAUGGAAAGGCCACCUUCUUUCUUUCCUCCUGUUUCUUGCCCUUUUUCCCUCUCUUUCUCUGCCCACAACAACUAUAUAUACCCCCUCUCUUGUUCACUUCUCUAUUCAAACUUACUUGUUCUCCAUUUUUGAGCUCCCACCACCACUACUUCUCUCCAGUAACACUUCUAUAUAUAACUCUCCCAAAAGCACAAAUACUUAGUCAUGGAAUUCACAUCCAUGUUCAAGUUUUGCUGUUUUGCUUCCAUUUUCUUCGUCUUCUUCUUCCAUUCCCUCGUCAGGUUCUUCAGUUCCAGUCGCCGGAAAUUGCCUCUCCCGCCCGGCUCCUUGGGUUGGCCUUACGUCGGGGAGACCUUCCAGCUCUACUCUCAAAACCCAAAUGUCUUCUUUGCCUCUAAACAAAAGAGGUAUGGCUCUAUCUUCAAGACGCACAUAUUGGGGUGUCCCUGUGCGAUGAUUUCGAGCCCGGAAGCUGCGAAAUUCGUGCUGGUAACGAGGGCUCAUCUCUUUAAACCCACAUUUCCUGCAAGCAAAGAGAGGAUGUUGGGAAAACAAGCCAUCUUUUUUCACCAAGGAGACUACCAUGCCAAAUUGAGGAAGCUUGUUCUCCGGGCAUUCAUGCCCGAAGCCCUCAGAAACAUAGUCUCCGACAUUGAAUUCAUUGCCAAAGAUUCAAUCCAAUCUUGGGAGGGCCAACUAAUCAACACUUUCCAGGAAAUGAAGACAUUUGCUUUCAAUGUCGCGCUGCUUUCCAUAUUUGGAAAGGAUGAGAUUCUCUACAGAGACGAUCUAAAGCGAUGCUACUACAUUCUUGAGAAGGGUUACAACUCAAUGCCCAUUAACCUUCCGGGAACACUCUUCCACAAAUCGAUGAAAGCAAGAAAGGAGCUUGCUCAGAUCUUGGCCAAAAUCCUCUCGACCAGGAGGCAGAUGAAGCACGACCACAACGACUUGCUCGGAUCUUUCAUGGGCGACAAAGAAAGCCUCACCGACGAACAGAUUGCCGACAACAUCAUCGGCGUCAUAUUCGCUGCUCGUGACACCACCGCCAGCGUGCUGACAUGGAUACUCAAGUAUCUCAGCGAGAACCCCCGUGUUCUUCAGGCUGUUACUGAAGAGCAAGAGGCCAUAAUGAGGAGUAAAGAGGAUCAAGGUGGUGACGAGAGAGUUCUUACUUGGGCAGAUACCAAAAAGAUGCCGAUCACUUCAAGAGUGAUUCAGGAAACACUUAGAAUUGCCUCAGUUCUAUCGUUUACUUUCAGAGAGGCAGUAGAAGAUGUUGAGUAUGAAGGGUAUCUUAUACCCAAAGGGUGGAAAGUUUUGCCACUUUUCAGAAACAUUCACCAUAGCCCAGAUAUCUUCCCAGAACCUGACAAGUUUGAUCCCUCUAGAUUUGAGGUUGCUCCAAAGCCCAAUACUUUUAUGCCAUUUGGCAAUGGGAUCCACUCAUGUCCAGGCAAUGAGCUGGCCAAACUGGAAAUAUCAGUCCUCCUCCAUCAUUUGACGACAAAGUACAGGUGGUCUGUGGUGGGUACAGAGAAUGGGAUUCAGUAUGGCCCUUUUGCUCUUCCCCAGAAUGGCCUGCCCAUCAGAUUAUCUCUGAAGAAAGUGACCUCACCAAAAAGCUUGUCCCAACUACAAGAAUGACUUUCCAUAUAUAGAAAGAAUGGCACGUUAAUUGGUUUCUAACUUUCUUUUUGUAAUGAUAAUGAGAAAGCUGGCCACAAUCACAAGCAAUAAGCAAGUGAGCAGAGGAAAAGUCCUCUCUCUCUCUCUGUCUCUCUCUCUUUUGGGGCCAAAGACACCUAAAGGAAGGAGCUAAUAAAAGAUAAGAGUAGCAUCCAAAAGGGAAGCCAAAAGCGUACAGAAAUAAAGAGCCUUUCGUACCAAAAGAUGUGCAAGCAAGUUAUGUUCAUUUUCUUCUGUUUAAUUUUGGGUUCCUCAGGAUGUUGAAUUAUAAUAUAUUCAAAUAUGUUUAUACAGAUUUAGGAGUACUGGUGUUGUUAUUUCUUA